CUCAAUAAAAAAAAGAUGAGCAAUAUUAUUCUUAAAUAAAAAGAAAAAAGAAGAAGAGAUGAGCAAGAGGCGAGCCAUCCUGUUGUUACGGGAAAGAUUCCGGUCCUGUUUCCUGGCGCACCGCGGCGACCGGCCGACGAGCAUCCACCGCCUCCAAGCCGCCUCUCCUCACUGCAGCAGCGUAGCGACUUCUUCCUCCAGCUGCAGAGCCUCUCCGCAUCAAGAGUUCCUCGCCAUGGAGCAUGGACUGUGGUCGAGCGGAGCUAGCGACAAGAACAAGGCCAUGGUUGAGCAACUGCAGAGAUAUGGGGUAAUCAAAUCGACCAAAGUUGCGGAGGUCAUGGAGACCAUCGAUAGGGGGCUGUUUGUGCCUCCGGGUGGUUCUCCCUAUUUUGAUAGCCCAAUGGCAAUUGGCUACAAUGCAACCAUAUCUGCGCCUCACAUGCAUGCUGCUUGCCUGGAGCUCCUGGAGGAUCAUCUGCAGCCUGGUAUGCGAGCUCUAGAUGUUGGAUCAGGCACUGGGUACCUAACAGCUUGCUUUGCACUUAUGGUUGGACCGGGAGGACGAGCAGUUGGUGUUGAACACAUACCAGAGUUGGUUGCUUCUUCUACUGAAAACAUCAAGAAAAGUGCAGCAGCCCCACAGCUGAAUGAUGGAUCCCUCAGUAUUCAUAUUGCUGAUGGUAGGGAAGGCUGGCCCGAGCUUGCACCAUAUGACUGCAUCCAUGUCGGAGCUGCAGCACCGCAGAUUCCAGAGGCGUUAAUCGAGCAGCUGAAGCCUGGUGGCAGAAUGGUGAUCCCGGUUGGGACCAUCUUCCAGGAGCUGAAGGUGGUUGAGAAGAAGCCAGACGGCGGUGUCAGCAUAAGAGACGAGACGUCUGUGCGCUAUGUGCCUCUCACCAGUAAGGAUGCCCAGUUGCACUCAAAUUGAUCACAGCAUCCUGCCAACCAAAUGCUAUCUUCAAUGUGUGAACCUAAAACCUCAUUAUCAAGGCGUUAUGAUUGGACAUAAAAUCUACCAAGCUGUCGUUGUAAAACGCUGGGAUUCAUGGCAAUGUAGGAUACUGGUACUUCAUCAAAGUAUUGAAGUGUGUGUUUGUGUUUGACCA